UCCACUUUAGCCAGGGGAACUAUAAACACAAAACAAGCAGGUCCUCCUCACCCCUAUCGCUCUGGGCCAACCAGGCAAACGCAAAGCCUCCUUCCCAUAACAAGAGUCGGGUGAGAAGAUCAUUGCUGUCUUGGACACAUCUCGGACCAACGCGUGACAUUUCGCAGUCAAAGGGAGCCCUAAUAUUUUUCAUUACAAUAUUAUCUUCAUACGCUUGAAAAUGGUUCAGGGUGUUUCAGAAAUUGCUGCAAUGUGUGUGGGCCUGAUUGGGCUGAUCGGGGCGGCGGCGACUACAGGAAUGCCCAUGUGGAAGGUGACUGCUUUCAUUGGAGAGAACAUCAUUGUGAUGGAAACCCGCUGGGAGGGCUUGUGGAUGAACUGUUACCGACAGGCCAACAUAAGGAUGCAGUGUAAGGUGUACGACUCCCUGCUGUUUCUGCCCCCGGACUUACAGGCAGCCAGGGGUCUCAUGUGCUGUUCCCUGGCCUUGUCUGGACUGGGGCUACUUGUUGCUCUGGCAGGAAUGAGAUGUAUUUCCUGUUUUCAGGGUAAUGACUGGGCUAAGACCAUAAUCCUGUUUAUCGCAGGUGGUAUGCAGUUGAUGGCUUGUGUCUGUGUUUUUAUCCCUGUGUCGUGGACAGGCCAUACCAUCAUCAGGGAUUUUUACAAUCCUUUGCUAAUUGAUGCCCAGAGGAGGGAGCUAGGGGAGGCUCUCUACAUCGGAUGGGUGACUGGUGGUUUCCUUUUUGCCUCAGCCAUGUUGUUUCUCUGUCGCCACAUGCCCUCAGAGAAAGGCUCAUAUGAUGUGUAUCACCCAGCACCCAGCAAACCAACUCUCAUGAGGUAUCACCCCAUCUCAAGUGUCUCCAGCCUCCGAUCUACUGCAUACCAGCCUCAUCUGCCAUACAACGGCUUUGUUGGAGAACAAUUUACAAUGCCACUGCAAAACCUCCCUCAAGUCAUGACAAAUGGAACAUCAAUCAACCCUGCUGUUGGCUUUAACCCCGGUCUGCCUGAAAAUGCAUCAUUGUUAUAUCAAGGUAGCAUGGCUCCACUUUCCACCCUGCAGAGUUCCAGCCAUGUUGGAGGCCAGUAUACUCCAGGAAACUCCUUAUACAUAAGCCAAAACACAACUCCGUAUUCUCUUAAUCCUGCAUCCUCCUACCAGUCCAGUUUUCACCCGGUUCCACACACUCCUGUUUUCAUUGGAUACAAAGGAUCAAGAGUUCAGCCAGACUAUCACAGUCGAAGCAGGGCUGGUGUGUACAUAUAAAGAAAAACCCAAGUGUGUUUUUGCAGCCGCCGAAGCUUUACUGAUUAAAGACAUCAUAAGAAAGAUAAAGAAUAACAUGUUUUCUCAACUUUUUUGGAUAAUCCUUUAACCAGGACUAAAAAUGUUUGAACUUUGUUUUAUGUGUAAAUACAGCUUUUGUAAUAUCUUUCAUAUUAACUCAGGUUGAAUAUCACUGCUGCUGUUGUUUUUUUAAUUAAAGGGGUCAUUAUACAGUUUUCCAGCAGCCCUGAUGUGGGCUUACUUUACUAAUUAAGAGAGAUCUAAAAAACAAAUACUUUAUU